GUAAUUAACGAAAAGUUAGUUGUAGCGACAAAUUGCAAAUUUGAAUAAAAAACCGAAAUAAAGACAAACAAGGGGCAAACGAAACCUAUAUAAAGGAAUUCCUUGUUGAAAACAAGAAAAGUAAAGAGAUAAGGCUGUAUUUGAAACGAAUAGUUGGGAAAUGAUAUUUCAUUAUCUACUUAUUCUAUAUAUAAAUAUAUUCGUUGCGAAAACUGUGGACAUCGAUUCAAGCUACGAUGGAAAGACACUGAUAUUAUCAGCUGGUACUCAUAAAAUUACUGGAACAGUUAGACCCAAAGGGAUUAUAGUCAAUUCUGGGGCUAAUGUUGCGUUUGCAGAAGAUGACAGUCUUAUUGAAAUAGAGGAGGAGCCUGUGCUAAUCUCAGCUGUAAAGGAACAGACUAUAAUUUUUCGUCAAGACAAUUUCAGUUCAAAUAAAGAUUUUAUAUUUCUUAAUAAUUCAAAAGCAGGCGGAAAAGGUCGUACAUUUGAGCCUAUGAUAUUCGACUCAAGAAAUGGACAAUACAAAGAUGUGUGUUUCGAACCUAGAGAGGAUAGUUCAAAUUUAAGAAGUUUAACUUGUAAAUAUCUAAGAUUUUACGAAACGAACAUAGCACCUGCUAUUACAAGAGGUAAAAGAGUACAAAACUGUUUCAAAGUAACUUGUGACCAAACGGCUAAAUCUAUUAAGGAUUGUAAAUUAGAAGAUGCAAGUGGAUAUUACCAAACAAUGAAACUAACAUGUUAUGGACCUAGACUAAAAAGUGGUAUUCUUAUCAGAUCUUCUCAACAAACAUCUUUUAAUAAUGUCAAACUCAUCGGCGUCGGUGUUCACAUUAUAAAUUCAACUAUUCUUUCCUAUCAGGAUAUCGUGGCUGAGAAUGUGAAAAGUUCCGAUCCGGCUCUAUACUUACGAAAUACGGAAUCAGAACAAGAACUCAACAUACAAAGAAUAUCAGUUAGAAACAAUGAAAUGAAUGGUUUAAUCAUAGAUUCACAUGAAAAAGUCAGCUUGAAUGAAAUAACUGCCGAAAAAAAUAACGAGACUGGUCUUACUAUUACAUCUUCCGCAAAAUGGGUCCUUCCUGAACACUUAACGCCGACAAGUCUUUGCGAUAUAAAAUGCUCUUUAUGUUUACCGGAAGAUAUUUCAUAUCCAAAACUAUACUAUCUUGGAAACAAUUGUAUAUAUCCAAAGAAUACUGUAUUCAAAGCGGAAGAUGGUCAAGUUCUCUCAUUGAAAUUUUCUAAAUGGGAUUAUUCGUUUAAAGGAACAAUAAAAGAUGGUAAAGAUGAAACAUCACCAUUCCUUUUGAAUCGUCCUGCAAGUUAUUCGUGGGAAGCGUUCGAAGCAGCUAAUUUGGAAUCUAGUCAAGAAUAUAUCAUUUUAAAUUUAAGAGGAGUAAGCUCCAAUAAAAUACUGUACAUUGAAAUUGAUUCUGUAGAGCCUAAAUCAACUCUAAGUAUUCUUACUAAUUCGAUAUUUACACAAAAUGGCAUUGGCUUGAAAACUGAUAAACCAACAAAUUCGAUUAUAAUAAAUGGUAGCAGGUUUGAGGAAAAUGAUAAUUAUGGUAUAAAUUUAAAUAAUCCUUCCUAUUUAACCGAUGUACGAAAGUGUGUCAUAAAUCAUAAUCGUUACGGGUUAAUGAUGUAUGGUUCUUGGCAAGCUUUAACAAUUAGUGAAAGUAACAUUGAAGAAAAUGCUAUAAAUGGUGUACAUGUAGAAGGUAAUACUUUAUUGAAUGGAAAUGUAAUUGUAUUGUCAUUCGUGGAUAAUAUGAUAAGAAAUCACAAGAAUGGAAGUGGACUAUAUAUACAAAAUCAAGCAAAAAUUACAGUUGAAUCUAAUAAUUUUGAAAAUAACUUGAAACAUAUGUUUGAAAAUAGUCAAAGGAAUAAUGCUCAACAUUAUAAAAUCAGAAUAGCGAAUAACACGUUUCAUUCGUUAUUGAGUAAGCUGAACUAUGCAAUUGAAUUACAUAAAUAUGUUUUUGAUAUUUAUAAUAACUCAAUGAUUGGAUCUUAUGGUGGAUUUCUUUUAGCAAUAUCCUCUGACACAAGACAGUUUAGUGCUGUAGUGAGGAGGAAUAAAAUAAAGAGUUGUUAUAGUCUAAAAUCUUUUAUUGAUAUCUCAUCAUCUUCGAAUGUAGGUGCUAUUGAGAUAGAAGAUAAUGACAUUACAAAUAAUACGAUUCCUGUAGACUUAAGUUCUGAUAUAAUCACACACUUCCCCAAUUACGUAACUUCUACAAUAAAGAUUAAAUCGAAUAGUGAAAUUGAUAUCAAUUUCAAUAACUUAAAUAAUCCAAAGAUGCCGUAUGAAUUAUCACUUCUACCUUCUUCCACAUCUACUUUAAGAGUAAACGCUACAAGAAACUUCUGGGGAGAUUCCAAUGCUUGGGAACGUGUUAUUGGUCGUCAUGCGGUUGUCAAAUCGUUAUUUGUUGAUAUUAAUCCUACAUAUUCCGACUUGGAAAAUUUCAUCGAAGUCAAUCAAACUUAUCUCUUUGAUUAUAAGAAAUUUGUUUUAGGUGGUGAUAUUGAGAAUAAUGUCACACUGACUGAAGGAGUUUAUGAACUUAAAGCAACGCUUCGAAUUCGAAGAAAUGCCAACGUUAUUGUGGAGAAAGGUGUAGAGAUACACGCUUGGCCAUAUACUGGAAUUGAAGUUUAUGGUAAACUGGAAUUUAGAGGAAAACAACCAGACGAUAUUAUCAUCAAAAUUAAAAAUGUUGAGGUAGAGACAGUUUUCUCAUCUUUGAGUAGAGGAACUUUCAUGAAUAUAAAUUCAAAAGAAUAUCCUGUUUGCUAUGAGCAAGGUAAAGAAGACACUUACAACGCAAUUUGUCACAAUAUGGGUUUUGCGGGAUAUACUUCAGCUAGUUAUUGGAAUAUUGGAAAACGAGAGGCUAUAACAUUAGAUUGUCCAACAAGUUAUUAUAGUACUUGUAAAACUCAUUUGGGACCGUGUACUUUUUCGAGAGGUUUAGUAUUAAUAUGUAACGAAAGAAGAUGGAUUGGUGUCAGUUAUUUAGCAAAUUCUAGACCGAGUUUAAUUGAAGGAUUAUCUAUUUUCAACUCUGGACUACUUGGCUCAGAUUUGUAUUUUGAAUUUCUAAGACAUACUGUCAGGAAUGUGCGGAUUAGUACAAACAGUGACUUUAACGUUCUGGCUCACAACACAAUUAUGGACGAGGAGAUCACUUUUGAAAAUAUGAAUAUUACAAGUCUGAAUAAUCAACAACAGUUUAAAGUUAACGGAAGAAUUUUUAGGAUAAAAGAUUCAAUUUUCCAUGAUUCACAAGUGUCAAUUACUAAUACACAUUCAAUCAGAUACAACUUGGACCAGUAUAACCUAGAUAUUGAAACAAUAACGAACGAUGAUUGUUCAAAUUCAUAUUAUAUUCCGAAACAUGAUUAUUUAACUUUAUCGGUCAAUCUGGAAAGAAAUAAGAAUGUCAAUUGUUAUUUAAGGUUUUUAACCGAUAAGGAUAUGACAUUAAAGUUUGUCCUGUUUCCCCGAACAACUAGUUUCGAUACACCGAUUGGUCAUAUUCAAAGUAUUGACGGCAAUCAACCUAUACAAGGUCCGUGGACUAUUCAGACAAUCCAAGAUUACAGGGGGACAGUGUAUUUAAAGAAGCGCUAUUAUAUAACGAUAUACUACUAUAUUGCUGUUUAUAGUGUUGACGUUGGAACGGAAAAUCGAAAUAUUUCGUCAUCAUUUUCAAUUGAAAGCUCUAGUUUCCAGUCUCCUAAGUUUCACUUGAGUUUUUCAACUGAAGAAAACUUUAAUAUCAAUAUUGAAUAUUCUAAAUUCGUGAAAGGAACAGCUGCAGUUUCCAUACCUACAGAUUUUGUUGAUGAGGGAUCAGUUAGAAUAUAUAACUGUGAAUUCACAGGACAAUCACAGGCUAUAAAAGUUCCAAUUGGACGUCAAAAAUCAUUAUCCGUUAAUGUUACAGAUUCAAUCUUUAAAUGUCAUACUCCAAUAAUAUUGAAUGAUUUGAUGUAUUCUAAAUAUGUCAAGUUUAAUUUGAAUCUGAUAAGCAAUUGGAUUACAACUGAUACAACAAAAUAUUUAAGUGGCAUAAUACGUGGAUCGUUUAGGAGUGAAUUGACUGCUGAUAUGUCAUAUAUCAUUAAAAAUAACACGAUAUUUAAUGUAGCUGGUCAGGGUUCGCAGUAUAUCAACCUUUUUGAUUUUCCAGUUAAUGGAAAAUUGGAAAUUUCACAAAAUAUAUUUAGAGACGUCAAAAACUUUAAAAAUAUCUUCCUUCUUAAUCAUAGAUCAGGACCAAUUGAAAUAAUGGAUAAUAAAUUUCUCAAAAGUAAUGUAACCGAAUCGUUCAUCGUUAUUUCUACAGAUUUCUUCAAGAAACCGAUAGAAAACAAUGUAGUUUUCUCCGGAAAUCAACUCUAUGAUGCAUCUUCAAAACAACAAAUUAUAAAUUUUCAUGUUAGUGAAGGAGGUCUUGAAAUGAAAUCCAAUUCAUUUACCAAAUGUAAUACGUCAUCUGAUUUGGUCAAUUUGAGAUUAACUGGAAAAAUUGGUCAUAAUGUCGUUGUUGAAGAUAACAGCUUUAAUGAUAAUAGUGCUGAUAGUUGUAUCAAUCUCGAAGGGGAUUCAUUUCCUGAAAGGGUUAUCAAGAACAAAUUCAAUAAUCCAUUGAAUAAAUACGAAAUUCGGACAAAUCUUUUAUGUCAAAUAGGACGAGAUGAACAAUGUCGUUUCCAGGUAUCUCGAAACUACUUCAGUUCGGAUAAUCCUUAUCAACGAAUCUUUGAUGGACGAACUAACGGACUCCUUCCAAGAUUAAAUUUAUCUCCAUCUUAUCGAGAUUCGUCAAUGACUUCAACAAUGGACUUGCCAGAACCUGAACUGAAUUUUCAAGACAUUAAAGGUUAUAUAUCAAAUUCGUUGUCAGUAUCUGGAAAUGUAUAUAUCACUGGAAACACUGUCAUUGAAAAACAACUUGAAAUUGAUGGGAGAGAUACCAAAUUGCAUUUUGCAUCUUGUUCCAGUUUAUGGAUAUUGGGAAGUAUGUCUGUGAAAGGAACAGACAACAAUCCAAUUCAAAUUUCAGGUUCUCCUAUCCCAGAUAAAUAUAGGAUACAAAACAAAUAUGUUCAAGUAUUGGAGAAUGGAGCGUGGCUUUACGUUACUUUUAAAUACGAUGGAAACUUUCUAAAAGAGCAAAAGGAUAUUUGUAAUUCAUUUUGUUUCAAAGGAAAAUUAGGUGCCCGUGUACAAUUUAGAGCAAUCUCUACACGAUAUUUGGCUAGUUGGAGUUUAGAUUGUACAAAUGCCAAUAGCCUGAUGAAUUGCGUAAAAGUUCCUACAAGAGUGACUAACUACGUACCGAUAUUAACUUGCAUAGAAGAAUAUACAUCAAACAGAAUAUACCUGUUUAAAGGAAAUCGUCAGAGUCUUUUUACAAAUGUUGAAUUGAAUAGAAUUGAAAUUGUAUCUUUUUCGAGUCCUGCACCAAAAUUAAACAAUGUAUCGUUUUCAAAAGGAACAGGAGCUUUGACAGUCAUUAACAGUUAUAACUUAAAGAAUUGGAUAAUUAAAGGCUUGAAGGUUGAUAACAUAUCUGACACAGCUAUUCAACUGGUAAAUAAUGAUCAUAGUGCAUCAAUAGUUCAUUCAACAAUUGGUAACGUCGGAAGAGCUAUUCUAUGGAAGGAGUUCAAGCCAAGGGAAAACUUAGAUUUUGUACCCAUCACUGGAGGAGAAUGGUCUCCACUUUAUUUCUGCUCUGCUGAAGCAAAAUUUCCAGUGAGAGCAGGAGAAUUUGGUUAUUGGUUUGAGGCCUCAUGGUUAAAAUCUACACAUCAUAGAGGAUGUUCAGUAAUAUUUGAAGCGCCAGAAGGCGAAAGAAUACAAGUCAGAGCUCGUUAUAAAAGAUACAUCAGUGGAGAAAUUUUCUUAAGGAUUUAUGAAGGUGAAGGUAAUGCAUUAAUUAGUUCGUUAACCAGAACUAUCAAGGAAAUAAACAUUAUAUCAACGACAAGAAAGAUCAGAGUUCAACUUUUGCUAAAUGUAAAUUUCCGUCAUGAUAUGAAAUUGACAAUCACUGCAAUUAAACAACAAUCAAAUACUUGCAACUUUGAAGAGAAUACAUGUGAAUGGGUUAACGAUAGACGUUCAAUAGGAAACGGUCCGUUUAAAGCAUUUCAAAGGCUUGCAGCUAAUAAUAUAACGGCUUCUUACGGACUUAGACAUGACAAAGAUUUUCCUCUCUCAAGUAGUGGCCAUUAUCUCGCCCUCUUUAACAGUUCAAAUAUUCAAUGCAGAUAUGGAAUUAUCUAUGCUGGGAUAACCAAUGCUCUUAUCUAUGACACCACCGUCAAUCCAACAGAUGAUUUAUGCUUUUUCAAAUUAAGCGCAUACAAAAACUCAGCCUAUUCAAUACCAGGUGAAACAAUAACAGUCUACGCUGACUUGGAAGAUCGGCUAAUCUUUUUAGAUAGGUUACACUUGGAAACGAAAUGGAAAAACUUUAGAAUAUCUUUGAAGAAAUUGAAAGGAAAAAAAUUUCGAAUUGCUCUCUACGGAUCGAUUCACAGUAAUUGUCAAUCUUUCAUUGGUAUUGAUCAAACAGAUUAUGAAACGUGUCCAUUUGAGAGAGAAGCUACUGAGUUGAAAGUUACUGAUACAAGUUUUGAAAAUUGCCAAACAGGAUGCCUAGAUAUUCAUAAUAGAAAUAGCGAAAUACACAACAGCGUUUGGUUGGAAAGGUUAACAUUUAAUCAAAAUCAUCCCAUCAUCGAAUCGUCCAGUUUGAUAAACAUAGAUCUUCAUAGUGCCUAUGUUCUCGUCAGAAAUUUGAAUAUUCCUAAAUUAAGCAAUUCACAAGUGCUUAGAGUCUAUUUCAAUUCAACUUUUGAAUCGAGAAUCUCUAAUUUGGUGUUUACUCAAAACUCUAUUACUAAUUUACACGAAAGCAGCCUUCUUCGCAUGAACAACUACGGGAUUAAUAAUGCUACCGUUACCUUUGAUAAAUGUAAUAUUCAACAUUCCAAAUCACGUGAUCACUUAAUCUACAUUGAAAAUGCGGAUACCACUUUCACAAAUAAUCUUCUGUAUAAUAAUACCGCCCAGGGUACCCUACUAUACGUCAAUUCCAACAAUUUGAAUACUAAUAUAUCGUUGAAUACGUUCAUUUUUAACAAAAAAUACCCAGACGAAGGAAAUGAUGCUGUGAUUACAUCUGUCAGCAGAAAUUUGUACAUCAAUAACAAUAUAUUAAAUAAUCCUCAAACACCAUACGAGGUGGCUUACAGUCUACAAAAUGCUGACUUUCAAAGUGGUAACUGUCAAUAUAAUUGGUGGGGAAGUUUGGAUAUCGACAAAAUUGGAAAGAGAAUUAAAGAUGGUAAAUCACUUGAGGGAUCUCCAAUACUUCAGUUUGUUCCAAUAUUGCAAAGUGAACCUCUCAGCUUAGCAACGUCUGGAAGUUGUGUUCUUGGCUGGAAAUUUAUUCGAGGGUCAUGUUAUCACUUUCACGUUGGAGCUGGUUCAAAAGCGGAAGCUGAUGUAUGGUGUAAGAAGAAUUCGGCUUUUCUUCUAACAGAAGCAGCUCUUCGAGGUGUCGAUAGACUGACGGAUUUACUAAGAUAUACAGAUGUUGAUGGAAAGGUUAAAGUGAGCGAUAUUUGGUUCACAGAUAGCCCUUCUCAAUUAUCAAUCUUGAAACCAUGGAUUUGUAGAAAAUCGAGUUCUGGACUUUGUCCUUCUAACUGUUAUGGAAGAGGAUCAUGUGUUGGGACGCAAUGUAUUUGUGAAUCUGGUUGGACUGGAGACGAUUGUUCCCAAAUAUCUUGUCGUGAUGUGUCUGAUUGUUCAGGUAGAGGAAGUUGCAAAGGACCCAACAUUUGUAAAUGUCAACCUGGAUGGUACGGAUCAAACUGUGGUGCGUCAAAAUGUCCUCGAUAUUCGUCUUGCGUACAGUGUACAAAAGCUGAAGGUUGUGGAUGGUGUGAUUCCACCGAAAAAUGCAUACCAGGAACAGCAAAGGAACCGUUAUCGGAAUGUAAAAACUACUUUUACAGGAACUGUCUUACUAUUAGUCCUUCUUCAUGUUCAAAACAAAUUCAACAAAUAGAAUGCAAAGAGCAUUUGUGCAAUUUUACACAAACUGGAUCACAAGGUUUUUGCGAGCAAUGCAAAGAUAUGGUAGCCUGCUAUUCAUCAACUGCUCAGAAUGAUAAGUGCAUAUCUUGGAACGAAACGAAAUGUCCACUGGGCAUGAUUAGACCAGAUUUAACAAAACCAUCCAGAAGAGAUUAUAUGGAAACUCAUGAAAAUGUCAUAAAAAUUUCUCCAAGCAGAAGGAUUUUCAAAUGUUCAGCUAGACAAACUUUGAAAGGAGACAGUGAAGGAUUUUUUGAAAUUUUGAUAUUUCCAGAAAUUGAAAGAUUCUUCAGAAAAGGAAAUAUCAUACUCAGUCCCCAAGCGAAUGGAAUCAUGCAUAAAAUUUAUGACUUUAAAAGAUCUCCAGCAAAAUAUACAAUAGCUGUUGGAAAGCAAGCCGAUCCACUUGAAGUUGUAAAAUACGCUCACGUAAGAUUGGAAGGUACUUCCAACGAUAUUGAAAAUCCUCGAGCUGUUGAUUUAGUUCCAUCACCCGAACAAAUGCAGAAUUUUAUUGACUCUAAUCAAACCUACAGUGAUGUUGGAGAUGAAGUUUAUAAAUGCUCAGGAAGGGAAUAUUCGUACGAAAAUAACAAAAUAUGGUCUUAUUUUGUGUACACAAAGGUGAAUAAUUUCGAAAGAGGAGAUGUUCUUUUGUCGAGUAGUCCUAAAGGCUUUUUGGAAAGAGUUACCAAAGUUAGAAAAAGUCAGAAUGAUGUGUUUAUUGAAUCUGAUUUGGUGGAUUGUUCAAGGGGCUUACAACCAAGUGAUAAUCUGGAUAACAUUGAAAAUCUACCUUCUGAGCUUGAAUGCAAGACUGGCGACAGCGUUAGUGGUCUUAUUUACACGGAUAGACGAGAUUACGAUAAAUCUAUUAGAGAAAACGAAUUGAUAGUGGGUAGGACUGCUUUACCAGCUCUAGGAUUUGUUUUAAACAAGAGGCUACUAUCAUCGGGAUGGAUAUCGGCUGAAGUCAUUGAUAUGUCGUCUGUCUCGCAAACAAUGAAUUCUACAGAAUUUAAUAUAGACAAAAUAUCAACCAAAACAAAAAAGAAAAGAUCUUCGUUUGGAGGAAAAGUUACGGUUACAGCAUCCCAACCAUUUAAUCGCCAAUGGAGCCAAAAUGGAAUAUCUGUCGGUGUUAGUGGAAAUAUUAAAGUUACCAAUGGAAUAGCACUGGAAGUGAAAAUAUCACCUCAUGACUUUAGCGUUGAUUCUUUUAGUCUUUUAGCUAAUGGUCGAUUAGGUUAUGAUGCAUCAAUUAAUGCCAGAUAUUCGGGAAAGUCAAGUAGAUAUACAGUCUUCCCUGAAAUUCCUUUACCAUCUGUUACUAAGCGACCAUUUAUAAUUCCUGUGUUUGGCGUGCCAGUGCCCGGUGUGAUUAACAUUGGAAGGUUUAGCGUUGGUCCUAUAAAAGCUUCUGUCGGUGCUGAAGCUUCGCUUUCUGCCAGUGGAUCUGCAAGUGCAAGUUACGAUGUAGGAGCAGGCUAUAGUAGGGGAGGCGGUUUAAGAUCACUAGGAAAGGGAGCGGAUAUCAACGUUGGGCCUGGGAAUAUUAAUGGAAAAUGGUCGGCUACAGCUGAGACAGUUGUAACUUUAAGGGCCGGAAUACGUGCAUUGUGGCCAGAUCUUGGUAUUUUAGGCAAACUAAAAGUCCUAAAGAAAAUUUAUGAUAAAAUAAAGAAAAAACGUAAUAGAAGAGGAAUAAUAAAAUCAUUCAAGGAUUGGAUGGAGGAUGUUGAGAUCAAGGGAAAAUUUAAAUUUAAAUUACGGGCGGAAGCAUCUAUUGAUGUGGGUCAAGAAUUUAUACUUAAAGCUGGAUUCUGUGAUACUGAAACAUGUUCGAAUGUCGAUAAGCCAAAUAGUGCUAGUUUAUAUCUCGGUAAUACAGUUAUGAGAGGAAAAUUUCACGCCUUCAUCGUUGGCGGAUCUUUACAAUUUCCUUUAGCUAGAAGGGAAUCAAAAUUGACAAGUACAUGUGUAGCUUUACCACAAUCAUGGGAUGUUGAGCAAAGAUGUUGUCUCUGUGAGGAAGAUAACGGACAAAUCGGUUACGGAAUGCCUCAUCCGACAAAGAAAGAGUGUAUGUGUAGAUGUCAAUGUACAGGCGAAAAGCAAAUGAUGAGUUGGAAAUUGAAGAAUAGUGAAUGUUCUUGCUGUUCGGAUGGUACAGCUAAACCUCUCGACGAUCCAGAAUUCGAAUGCCCUUGUGAAUGUGAAGAUGGAACUCAAUCAACAAUCGGCCCAGAAGGAUGUCGCUGCGAACCGUGCGAACCGUGUCCUGAUGGCAGAAUUGUAGUUAGAAAGCCUGAUGGAACUUGUCCCUGUGAAAAUGAAUGUGGUGUUAAUGGUGUGUGUACGUCACAGAGAACCGGACCGAAUUGCGAUCAACCGUCAUGCCCACCAGAUUCUAGCUGCAGUGGAAACGGAUUUUGUGUAGCAACAGCGAACUGCAGAUCAAGAUGCGCAUGUAAUAGAGGAUGGGGUGGCCGUUCUUGCGAACAAAGAUUGCCUAGAAGGAACUGGGGAGAUCCUCAUUUAGCAACGUUGGAUGGUAGAUCUUUCGAUUACUUUGGAAUCGGUCAAUUCUGGGGUUGUCGAUCACCAUUUUUAGCUUAUCAGUUUCGAUUCUUUGCUUUUAAGAGAACAUCAUUUAUUGGUGCGAUUGCAUUGAAACUCGGCAAUACAUCAGUUUUAACGAUCAACACGAAAUUUCCAUCAACACUAACAGAUCUACCUGUUCUUCGUCUUGAUGGAAAUGAAUUGUCCAAUUUGAACACUGAGAACAAAUUCAAAUUUCAUAAUGAUAGUCUUCGAUUAGAUAUUUCCCUGCGUGCGAAGGAAAUCUCCGAAGAUGAUCCGACCAUUCUAUUCGUGUCCUUAAAAUUCUCAAAUGGAGCUAGUUUAUCGAUUGUAGCAUCAUACAGCUCUAAGAUGAAGAGACAAUACUUGACUCUAAUAACAACACCAAUAAAUGAGAUGAUCAACAAGACAUCUGGCAUUUGUGGAUAUUUCAACGAUGACGAUUCGGACGAUCUUAUGGGUCCAGAUGGUAAAAAUUACACUUAUCCCGUACAAUUUGUAGAAUCUUGGAGAAUGAAGCGGACUAUUAGAAAUGGAGGUGGACUGCCUAAUUCUUGGUCUGAUACCGAAUCAAACUUUCACGAGAAAGACUCAAUGGAUAAAUCGUAUAUUGAUCCAACGCAUAAGCCUCUCUAUUCACUGAAUGGAUUUACGCAAUCCGACAUUAAUACUGCGAAAGAAGUUUGUACAUCUGACCGAUUAUCAAAGGAAGAGAUUGAUCAAUGUAUCUACGAUGUUGUAAUUACCGAUGAUCCGAAGGUACGAAAUCAAGCUGUACUGAAAGCCAAUGAAUGUCCGGAGAAGUGUUCCAAUAGAGGAAACUGUGUUGGAGGAAAGUGUGUUUGUAUACAAAGCUGGUCUGGGGAAUCAUGCGAAAUUGGGGAAUGUGGAAAGUGUGUUAAUGGAAACUGUUCGGCUGGCUUUUGCGAAUGUGUUCCUGGUUUCGAAGGACCGACUUGUGAGAUGGCGGCAAUUUGCGAAGGCAAUUGCUCAUCAAAAGGAGAAUGCGUUAAAUCAGAUGUUUGUAAAUGCGAUGAAGGAUGGACAUCAAAAAAUUGCUCAGAAGAGGCUGUUUGCAGUGAAGGUUGUUCAGAUCAUGGGAUAUGCAUUGACCACGACAUUUGUAAAUGUGAGAUUGGUUACAAUGGAACAAAUUGCGCCACAUUCAGUUGUGAGGUAAGAGGCGAAUGUUCUCAAAAUGGAAUUUGUAUUGCUUUCGAUCAAUGCCUUUGUUUCAAAGAAUGGACUGGUCUAAGUUGUUCUAAGCCAAUCUGUAAAAAUGAUUGCAGUGGUCACGGUAAAUGCACCGAACCUGGAGUUUGUACAUGCGAAGAUGGCUAUAGCGGAGAUGAUUGUGGAAUCUUAAAAGAAUGUCCUCUAAUGGACAAUUGUAACGAAAGAGGAAUAUGUAAAAAUGCUACAGAAUGUAUUUGCGAUGAUGGAUAUGCUGGAAGGACAUGCGGCUUACCAAUCUGUGAUCCGCAAUGUUCAUCUAACGGUGAUUGUGCUUCCCCAAACAAAUGUGAGUGCAAGAAAGGAUAUUCUGGUAAAGUUUGUACAGAAUUUUCAUGCGAAGAGUUGUCGUACUGUUCGAAACAUGGCAGAUGCGAAUCGUUUGACAAAUGUAAUUGCGACGAAUCGUGGUCCGGGGAGUCGUGUGAUGUACCACUAUGUGAUAAAGUAUCAGAUUGUAACCAAAAUGGUCGUUGUGCUUCGAAUAAUACUUGUGUUUGCGAGAAAGGAUUCGAAGGUGACGACUGUUCGUUGACUGUCAAACCUAACAUGGCAACUCCUAAAUUUGUAAAGGAUUCGUAUUCAGCCGUAGUUGGAGAGCGUUCUGACAUCGGAGAGUAUAUAUUAACAGUUGAAGCGAAAGACACUGACAUCGGGGAAUCAGGACUUAUAUCCUACUCGAUAUCCUCCACCUCAGUAGCUAUUUCUAUCGAUGUACAUACGGGCGUAAUUCGUACUGCGGGAAAGUUGAAUCCCGGCAGCUAUUUAAUUGAUAUUGUGGCGUCAGACAACGGAGUUCCUUCGAACUCGGAAACAAUAUCGUUCAACCUAACGGUGUUAGAUAUAAAUGAUUGUGCGAUAAUAGAAAAACCAAAGAAUGGAAUAACAAUCACAGUUAAUUCUAGUAUAUCUGCAAAUUCUACGAUCUAUAACAUUGAAGCAACAGAUAAGGAUUUCGGUCUAAAUUCUCAGUUAAUUUAUAAUGUGAAUGUUAGAAGUAAUGACGUUUCGCCGUUUCUAAAUAUGAAAGAAGAGACAAGAGAAAUAAAUACAUUGGAAUCUCCACUUCCAGUAGGCAUUUUUGAAACGAUAGUUACAGUAUCUGAUAAAUCGUUAAAUCCUUGUACGAGUACAUCGACUUUUACUGUACAAGUAAUACCUUCGAAUGUUGAUAAAUCAAAGUUUGAAUCGACAAAAGAAAUGCCUAUGACGACUUUUAAUCCAUAUGAAACAACCUCUUUUAAAGAUGUGACAACUGAUGUGUUAGAAACAAAGAAAAUUGAUAUAACAACAAAUAAAAGAGAACCAAAAACAGAGAAGAUAACAGUCGUACCGUCGCAGAUGUAUACAGAAGUGACAUUCAACAAAGAUUCUUCUGAAUAUGAAAAUAUUACAACAUCAAAGAUAACAACAACAGUUGAAUUACGAAAGUCAACUAAACCAACAAAGGAAGAUAAGGAGGACUACGAGAAAUAUAAGUAUAUAGCAAUUGGUUUGGGAGCUGGACUAGGUGUGUUUAUAAUAACAACAAUUAUUCUAAUCGCAAUAUUGAUUGUAAAAUUUCGUUAAAUUUAUUAUUGUUUGUUAUAAGUGAAAAGGAAUGUUUUUUUUGUAUGAUUAAUAAUAAAUAAAAUAUUGAUUUGCUUAUUCAAAGUAAGCAAAUAAAUAUCCAAA